AUGAGGGAUCUUCGGAUCAAGGAGCGGAUCCUUCCAAAAAACGUAAUACCAAUUUUCUCACAGUUUUGCAUUGCACUUGUGCUGUUUGCCAUUGCGGCUAUACGGGCAACUCCUUUCAACGGACACGAGCAUUAUAGCGGUGGUGUCGCCUCGAGUCAUGCUUCGGUGCAAUUGACAUCACAUGACGAUCAUCAUGAGGGAGCCCACCACGGUCGUCGACACGGACACGACGGUCACCAUGACUCGCAUUCCGAAUAUGACUUUAAAUAUGGCGUCAAAGAUCACAAGACGGGAGACGUGAAGGAGGCCAGUGAAUCACGUCACGGCCAUAAGGUUACCGGACACUAUGAGUUGAUAGAUGCCGACGGACACAAGCGCACUGUCCACUACACCGCAGACAAGCACAAUGGCUUCCAGGCCACUGUCCAUCGCGAGAAGCUCUAUGAUCAUCAUCAGGUGGCUGUCGAGCAGCCCGGACAUGGACACGGCCAUGGAAGCGGCUAUGGGGGUAGACACGUAGAGCUCGAGGAUUAUUUCGCACAGUCCGGCCAUGGUCUUGAUCAUGGUGGUCAUGGCAGCGACUCUCAUACCAGUGGCUACUCUCUAAAGCAGGAGCACGGAUCUCGACAUGGACACGGAAUCUGACACUCUUCAAAACACGAGCACGGACACGACUAUCAUUGUUAACAUCGAUCUUUGAUUAAACUUGUACCAAAAAAUUGUUGUUGUUAGAUGUCAAAA